GCUCUGCCACAAUCUGCACUAGUGGGGUUGCUUAUAAUCACCCCGCUAUCAUGGUAGAGCUCUGAAGCAAGGUCCAGAAACUUCCAUUCCUGAGGCCUUAAUUCAACACUCCUUACUGAACUCAUCUCACAACACCACUUCUAUAGCGGUGCCUGAUACGCAUUAAAGUCUACAAAAAUGCCUGUUGAUUAUAGCAAAUGGGACGCACUGGAACUCAGUGACGACUCCGACAUCGAAGUGCAUCCUAAUGUCGACAAGCGAUCGUUUAUCCGCGCGAAGCAGAAUCAGAUCCACCAGGAGAGACAGCACCGAAAGUUACAAAUCGAGACCUACAAGUAUGAGCGUGUGGUCAACGAUGGUUUGCUGAAGCGAAUUUCCGGGCUUCUGGCAUCGCUGCGAGCCCAUGCCUCCGAGGCAGCCACCAGAAAUCCGGCAGAAGUUGCCUUUCAAGCCGUCAUGGAAUCAGCUGGAGAUCCCAAAGAUGACAAGCCACCUUCACCACCCGAGGGUGUUCAUACCCAGGAAAAGGAACAACCGUCAUACACUAAGAUGAUGGCAACACUCCUAGACCAAGUCAAUAAGGCUUUGGAUGAGAAGAAACCGGAAAACAGAUACGAAGCUAUGAUUGCUGAGAUUCAGUCACACGAGGAUAAAAUAAUGAACUUGCAGGAACAGCUGGUAGCUAAGUUGGAGGAGUUGCAGAAGGAGGAAGGCCGAAAGAUCACAAGUGAGGGCAUCCACACAGGCUUUGAUAGCUCGCAUGUCGCCAAGUCGAAGCCCGAGGAGAAGAAGGACUCUACACAGGUAGAGCUUCUGAACCCUAGUUUCGCGGAAACCUCCUCAAGCUCGACAUCCGGAAACCAAGAAGUCAAGGUGGACGAUGACAGCGAUAUCGAAUCUUCACCGGCCGGAAAGAAGUUUGGCACCAUUAGGGCAAACGACUAUGCGGCUAGUCUCCAAUUCCUGUCGCAGAAUCCUCAGCUGUUGGUUGAGAGGGAGACAGAUGGCCUUCUGGUUCAGGCUUUCGAUGCCGCUCUGGAGAACAAGGAUGAGUUAUCGCGACAAUUAGUGCACCAGGCUCUACUUCUACAAUACUGUAGAGCUCUUGGCAAGGACGGUGUCGGGCUUUUCUUCAAACGUAUCACAACCAAGGGCCAUCAAGCACAGGAUGUAUUCUAUAAGGAUGUGCAAGACACAUAUAUGAAGAUUCGAACCCGUUCCAGGGAGAUUUUAGCCGAGCGAGCCAAAGAAGGGCAAACUGAAGGCAUCGAGCAAAUUCAGCUGCAUGCCGUGGAGCCUGGUACGGUCAUCAACAUCAAGGUUCCUGCGGCAGACAGCGAGGACCCCGAAGAGCAGGAAGCGCGCAAGAUCUUCGAAAGUUUCAGACCCGAGAUGCGCAAGGCCCUGGAGACGGGCAACUUGGACGAAGUGAACAAGGCGCUGGGUGAAAUGAAGAUUGACGAGGCUGAGGAGCUCGUGGGUCUCUUUGGCGAGGCCAACAUUUUGAGCUUGGAGGAAGAAAUCAUUGACGCUACAACAGAGGAGGGGAAAAAGCAGCUAAAAGAGAUUGAAGCCGCGGCUUCUGUGGACAAGAAAGAAGAAUACGGAGAUCCUGAGUAAGCUAAUACGCAAAGAUAAGGACUUACUCGGUGAUGGAUAUAUGAAGUCUUGGAAUGAGGCCUGCAUAGUUCAAUGGUCAUGGGUUAGAAAAAUGUUACCGAGCCUGCAUCGAGGGGUUUCUGAAGUUUAUAUUAGCUAAGUAAAGAAACGCGAUUAAUCGCCGCAAACGUAUACCUACUUAUAAACCAAUCGUCGUGUUUGGUACGACAAAAAGUGAUGUUCGCC